CCAGGCAGUCUGUGAUUUCUUUCACUUACGUGAGACUGAUUUUUUUAUUUUGUAUUUUUUUUUUACAACAGAUCUCUUCAACAUCAUCAUCAUGAGGAAAAUCAGCGGCAGACACUUGUUGUGCUUCUUUCUGCUUACCUUCCCGCUUUCCUGGGCAGAGAACACGAAGAAAGAUUUGAGGCAGACGGACAAUGACACAGCUUGGAGUCAAGCAAAGAACAGACGGCUGUUUGCAAGGCGAAAGAUUUCUCUACCACAGGAAAGCCACACUCCUAAGCACAAGUCAAACCUCAUGACCCCUGCACGUCGCUGUGGCCGCCUAAUGGAAAGCUGCUCCGUCCACGUCCCGUGCUGUGACCCCUGUGCCUCCUGCCGCUGUCGACUCUUCAACACCAUCUGUCACUGCUGGAGGGUGAACCCCCUGUGCUUAAAGAAGACGUAGAUGAAGCACUAACACACAUAUACACAGGCAGAGCCCAGCAUCUGGACAUAUACAGUGAUAAGUCAUACUAUACACACAAAGAAGAAACACUGCCCUCUGGCCUGUGGGUGCAGGUCAGAGAAUAUAACUAGAGAAACAUUUGAAAAAUCAUGAGCAACAUAAAAGUUCUUUCCAUUGUCUGUGGCUUUAACACAUGAGUAAGGGAAAUUAAAGAAUUAAGUUGUGUUUUUGUGUCUUCGGUCUUCUGAGAAAUAAGAAAAUACUUGCAUAGAUGUACAUGCACAUGUAACAAAGGAGGAGCAACGGACGCCACUCAGCCACAACACUAAAAACACUUACAGCGGAAGUGAAUAACAGUGAUAAUCUUGUUACAACCCAGUGUUCUGCUGGGAAACCUUAGGUCCUGGCAUUCAUGUUAGCACCACUUGACUUGACAGCCCACUCAAACAUAGUUGCAGAACAAGUAAAUCCCUUCAUGGCAACAGCACUCCCAGAUGGCAGUGGGCCUCCCAGCAAAAGCAUAUGCCAUGGCACAACCUCAAACCUGCCCAGGAAUGGCUCGAGGAACAUGAGAAUCAGAAUCAGAAAUGCUUUAUUGAUCCCCGAGGGGAAAUUGCCUCAAGAGCUCAAAGAAAGAUCCCAUGGCAUCGACCUGGCCUCUAAAUUCCCCAGAUUCCAGUCAGGUUAAGAAUCAGUGGGAUGUGCUCGGACUCCAAAGAUUCUGGUUUCAUGUCUCAACAGGUCAGAGCCAAGUCAGGUCCACAGUGGGGCCUAUGACCUGUCGAGGGGGGACACAGGACCUCUGAGGGCGUCCUGCAGUGCCUGGUGCCAGGGUGUUGGCUGUGGUUCCUUUAAGUCUUGUGGGUUGUGAGGUGGGGUACUGGCACUACCACAAACGCUCAAUCUGAUCAAUCUCUUGGAAUCUGGAGAAUUUGGAGGCAAGGAUGAUGUCUUAAGCUCUUUAUGUAAAAACUUUGGUUUUACAUUUAUUCCUUACAUGUGGGCAACACUGGUAUUUAAAUGGCUUUAAAUAAGUACAUUUGAUAUUAACAUAAUGUAAAGUUAUGCGAAAUAUGUCACUUGCAUGGCAUGCUACACCAAUUAGCACACUGUUGUUAUUGAAUAACUUGAUUUACUAUUGGUUUCACAUGGGACACAAAAGAGGGCUUCCUAGUAAAUGUCUGGAUGUUUGUUUGACUCCAACUACAACCCAUGCCUGUCCACAUGUGGACUUUCUUGAUAUUUAUACUACAGGAUUGUCAGUAAAUGGCAUCGCCCAGUGCUUCUCAUACUGCCACUAAAGGGUGUCUUGGUUUGUUGGUGUUUAUUAUGAAGGGCCACUGACUGGGUUAGUAUUUUUACGAGUUGGUAGAGAGACUAGGUUGUUUGGAUGGAUGGUGUGUCAUGUCAAGUGGCAUCCACAUAAAUGCCAGGACCAAAAGUUUUGAAGCAGAGGAAUGCAUAUUAACUUGAUGAUGGAUGGUUUUCACUUCGCCUUUCAGUGGUUUAAUUUUGUGGCUGAUUGAUUUAUGCUUUUUCAUGUGUGUAGACAAUCGCUUGUAAACUAUGUUUUGUGCCUUGGGUAUUUCCAGACUGUUGCUGCUUUGGAAUAUCCCCAUCGUCUCUGCUCUUCUGUUAAUCAUGUCGGAAACAAUAAUAACCAGAUAUACAUUAAAUGAUAUACAUGUGAAAAAAAUGAAGCAAAUUCAUACGUUUCGAAAAGGUAAAAUUUAGGUCCUCAAAUGUGGAAUAAUUUAACAUUCACAUGUGGAUUAAGGAGUAAACGUUAGUUUAUAAUUUUGCCAUUUGAAUAAAUCUAUCAUACCCCUAUAUUUUGCUUGUGUUUUUUUUCUUUCAGGUGUCCUUUUUUGUUGGAAAUGUCCUAAAAUGAGUACAUAAGUAAAUGUAGAAUUGCUUGUAUGUAGAUU